AUGUCUGACGCACAAGCAGAAGUCGACAAACUUGGGAGCAGCAGCAGCGAGGACUCCGGUUCUCAGCGCGCAGAAAUCUUUGACCGUCCGACGGGAUGGAGGAGAUACUACUACCACCCCAUUACGCAGGUGUCGAUGUUGGGAUUCGUUUGUUUCAUGUGCCCCGGAAUGUUCAACGCACUUACUGGUCUCGGCGGUGGAGGCCAAGUUAGCACUACGGACGGUUCCAACUCUAACACGGGCUUGUACUCCACUUUUGCGUUUUUUGGGUUCUUUGCUGGUUCCGUUAACAAUGUGCUUGGUCCUCGGCGCACCCUGAUGCUUGGGACCUGGGGCUACUCGUUGUAUAUUGCCUCCUACCUUGCUGUCAACAUUCAUCCGGGCGCGGGUGCUUUCGUUGUCGCGGCCGGUCCCAUCCUCGGUGUCUGUGCAGCUUUCCUUUGGACCGCGCAGGGCUCGCUGAUGUUGUCAUACCCCACUGAGGCUCAGAAGGGCAUGUUUAUUGGUAUCUUUUGGGCCAUCUUCAACCUUGGGGGAGUUGUGGGGUCUGCUGUGGCGUUUGGAAGCAAUUUCAAUAGCAUGGCUAACAGCGUUGGCAAUGGUACAUACGUUGGCUUCCUGAUUCUGACCCUCAUCGGCGUAUUUAUCCCGCUGUUCAUGGCGAAUCCAGACAAGAUGAUUCGUACGGACGGAACCCGCGUGAACCAGGUCCGCCAUCCAUCCUGGAAGACGGAGUUUUUCAGCCUGUUCGUGGCCCUGAAGACUGACCCUUGGAUUCUGCUCCUCUUUCCUAUGUUCUUUGCCAGCAAUUACUUCUACACGUGGCAAUUCAAUGAUUACAACGGCGCGAUAUUCAACAUCCGUGCACGGGGUCUCAACAACUUCAUGUACUGGACAUCACAGAUCUUUGGAUCCGUCUUCAUCGGUUACUUUGUCCUUGACCAGAAGAAGCUCCGGCGUAGAGUCCGCGCAUUUUACGGGUGGAUCAUUGUGUUCCUCAUGGUUUUCAUUGUCCACGUCUGGGCAUACUUCUACCAGAAGACAUAUACCCGCGCUGAGGAGGCAGCGACAGGUGCUUACAAAAUCGACAUCUUGGACAAAACCUACCCUGCCCAUGUUUGGCUCAUGAUCUUCUAUGGUUUCCUGGACUCGAUGUGGCAGACAUAUGCAUACUGGCUGAUGGGCGCGAUGUCAAACGACCCUGCCAAGCUGGCCGUAUUUGCUGGCUUCUACAAGUCCAUACAAUCUGCGGGUGCGGCAGGCGUCUGGCGUGCUGAUGGAGUCGGUCUCCCAUACAUGAACAUCUUCUUGUCGACGUGGUGCCUGACGGUUGCUGGCAUGCUCUUCGCUUUACCAAUGGUGUACCUUCGCGUCACCGACCACACGGACAUCGAGGAUGAGACUCUGAUGCAAAUGGCAGGCGUGGAACGGAUCGAGCCUCCACUAGUUACGACAACGGAGAAGGCAUAA